AUAAUAACAAAAAUGUUGACUAAAUUGCUCUUAAAAGCAAGACAAGCACGCUUUUGUGGUAAUUAUUAAUGACUGAACAUAUAGUUUAUAUCAAAAACUCAGUCAAUUAUCAUGUAGCAAAUAGCUAAGACCCUAAUAGUAAAUUUGCAACACCUUAGUUCAAUUCAAGCAUUCUUGAUUUUGAUAAGGAUUAAGAAAAUAAUGUGUAAAUGCAUUAUUAUUAAGGUAUAUUACAAUUAUAUUAAUAAUUAGGCAAAUUCAUGCCUGAUGAAUUGGAUUGGACUGAUGUUUGGGAAACUGCAUAUUAAAAUUUUACAUAACCUGAAUAUUUAUAUCACUUUUGGUUUUGUGGUGUGUUAUAUUGUUUCGAACCUGAAUGGACAAUUAAUUAUCCAUAUGAAAAAGGUCCACUUUCUCCACUUUUUAGAGGAGAGCAUGCUUUAAGAAGAUAUCCAACAGGAGAAGAAAGGUAUUUUUCUUAAAAAUUAUAAAGAUGCAUUGCUUGUAAAUUAUGCUAAAGUGCUUGUCCAGCUAGAGCCAUUACAAUUGAAACAGAACCUAGACCAGAUAAUUCUAGGUAUUUUAAUAAUAUUAAUAUUUCUUUUAGACGAACAGUUCGUUAUGAUAUUGAUAUGACUAAAUGCAUCUAUUGUGGAUUUUGUUAAGAAGCUUGUCCUGUUGAUGCAAUUGUUGAAGUAAUAUUAAUUUUUAAUAACUAGGGACCCAAUUACGAAUAUACAACUUAUCAACAUGAGGAUUUAUUUUAUGAUAAGUUUAAACUACUGGAAAAUGGAGAUAAAUGGGAACCUUAAAUUGCUAGAAAUAUUGAAUAUUUAAUAACAAGAAAAUAUUGAUUAAUUGUUUUCAAAUUAAAAAG